CAGCAGAUGCCUGCAUCCCCUCAUCUUCUGAGUAAAAAAUACAAGGAAAAGAAAUCACACCUCUUACGUGUUUGUGCAGUACACACGAUCAUUUUUUUAAUCAUUUCGUUUGAUCGUUAAUCUUGAUCUGAAAUUUCAAACUGCAUGUUGGCGGCACUGAUUUUGAAUGGUUAUUUCUCCAUCAUUAUUUGCAUAUUUAAGCCAUUUCUGGGUUUGUGUUUUGGAGAGUGUCUCGGGCUGAGGAAUGUGGAAAAGUGGAAGAAAUGCAUGAAAAUGCGCCGGGAUACUCUCGCAGCAUUUUAAUAGGUUGCAGCUCGCGAGCCGACAAGUACAGACAUCAUUCCUCCGCUAGACAAGCGCGUGGACAGACUGCCUUUCCUCUUUAGUUCGCUUUCGCUUUUAUUUUUUUCAACAAUCACCUGCAUUUUAUUCAGCACUUUCAGAAAAGGGCAAUGUCCUUUUCCCUUCUUUUGAAAUCCAAACGUGCGCGUCGGAGAUUUUUGAUCCGGUCUUGAUUAUUUUCUCGGUUCCUGGAGGUGUUAUUGCAAUUGAAGUGUGUGAUCAUUUGCUCUGAACAAGAGCAGGAACAUGCUCGGGGAUUCAAUCGAGAGAUAAGGGGGCUUUUCCAACAGGCUAGACAAAUAUUGGACAUUUGCAAGCGUUUCAUUGUGAUACGGACAUGUAUCGCACGUUUCUGUCCUGUGUCUGCUUCAUAUAAGGUUGUACUAUGGACUACAAGCUCUGACGUCUGCAUCAGAUAUUUUCUGCUGCAUUUCUUUAAAUGUGCAUCUUUUUUCCCCUGUGACUUUGAGAGGAACUUCUCCACCAUCAGCAGUAGGGGAUGCAGAUUUCAUUUUUUUUUUCUUUCCCACCUCCAACCUUUAUAGCUGAGUGGCGGAAUAAAUAAAACUAUCACACACUGUGGAGCACCCCCUCUUUGAAGGAGCAUCACUGGAGCCAUGGCUUGUCCACAGCUUUGGACCUGGAAACUGCGACGACAGGUGUAGAAGAAGACUGAUACUCUUCCAUUUUUCCUCCCUUUUUUCAUCAUCAUAUUUUUUUAUUUUCUCCAUGGUUUGGAUGAAGAAGACUUUCCAGCAUUUUUUCCAGAAGUCCUGUCGAAGCUGAGAGAUGUCUGAUCUUCUGGUGUUGAUCGAGGGGGUCUCUGACCUGCACGGAUUUCCAUAGCUGAAGAAUAACAGCUGGGACCUGUUAAAUAUUUUUUUUCUUUUUCUUUUCCCCCAAUCCCCCUCCCCUUUUAAUUUUUAUUUUAGUUAUUUUCUCCUUUUCCUGUUUCUUUUUUUAUUUUAGUUUUCGCGGGGACAUCACAAAUGUGUGCAUUGGUGCUUUGAACUUAGUCAUUAAUUUUGCCUUUUUUCUCCCAUCCCCUUCUUUUGGAUUCUUUUUUCUACUUAUUUUUUCUUUUCUUUCUUUCUUCUUUUUAAACAUCUGUUUGGAGCACGGGCGGUUGGAUUACUGAAAUUGAAUUAACGGAUUUGUGGAAAUGUUGGGUCCUCAAGAAGACAAAUUAUGUGGAAUUGUUUCUGCUCUGGCGGCCUUGUCCUUUGUCUGCUUUGCACAAAGCACCUCCACCGGAAAUACCGGAAUAUCUGUGGCCAAGACGACAGUGGACAAAUUGCUGAAGGGGUAUGACAUCCGCCUUCGGCCAGACUUUGGAGGUCCUCCAGUCAUCGUGGGAAUGAGUAUAAAUAUUGCCAGUAUUGACUCCAUUUCAGAAGUCAACAUGGACUAUACCAUCACCAUGUAUUUCCAACAAAGCUGGAGGGACAAACGGUUGGCCUAUGCUGAGAUGGCUUUGAACCUCACCUUGGACAACCGUGUGGCUGAUCAGUUGUGGCUCCCAGAUACCUACUUCCUGAAUGACAAGAAGUCUUUCCUGCAUGGUGUGACGGUGAAGAACCGAAUGAUUCGGCUCCAUCCAGAUGGCACUGUUCUUUACGGACUGAGAAUAACCACCACAGCAGCCUGCAUGAUGGACCUGAGACGGUACCCCCUCGAUGAACAGAACUGUACCCUGGAGAUUGAGAGUUAUGGGUAUACCACAGAUGAUAUUGUAUUCUUCUGGCAAGGAGGGGACAACGCCGUGACAGGUGUGGACAAACUGGAAUUGCCUCAGUUCUCCAUUGUGGAGCUACGUCUUGUGUCCAGAGAAGUGAGGUUUACUACAGGUUCAUACCCUCGGCUGUCGUUGAGUUUCCGCAUCAAGAGAAACAUAGGCUACUUUAUCCUGCAAACUUACAUGCCCUCCAUCCUGAUCACAAUCUUGUCCUGGGUCUCCUUCUGGAUUAACUACGAUGCUUCUGCUGCUCGUGUGGCCCUGGGUGUAACUACGGUGCUCACUAUGACAACCAUCAACACCCACCUGCGGGAGACCCUCCCAAAGAUCCCCUAUGUGAAAGCCAUCGAUGUCUACCUCAUGGGCUGCUUCGUCUUUGUUUUCCUGGCCCUGCUCGAAUAUGCCUUUGUAAACUAUGUGUUCUUUGGAAGGGGACCCCAGCAGCAGAAAAAAAUCAACGAAAGGCUAAACAAAGCCAACAAUGAGCGUCCCCGCUAUGAAGAGAAGCGUCUGAGGGAACAGGACUCCAUUUCAGCGCCGUUUCAAAGCAACACCCUCAGGUCAUAUACACAACGAAGAAAUCUGUAUCUCGAGGAACAAAGAAAAGUUGGGGUGGACGCUUAUGGAAACAUUCUUCUCACCACUUUGGAGAUGAACAAUGAGGUGAUGCCGUCCGAUGUUGGCAGCAGCGUCAGUGACUCGAGGAACUCCGUCAUGUCCUUUGACAGCUCCGGAGUGCAGUUCCGCAAGCCCAUGGCUUCGCGGGACGGGUUCAGCCACCACUCAUUGGACCGCAGUGCCAUGCGCAGUCGUGCCAACUGCCGACUAAGAAGGCGCUCGUCCAAGCUGAAGCUCAAAAUCCCCAACUUGGCGGAUGUUAGCACCAUUGACAAGUGGUCCCGGGUCAUUUUUCCUAUCACUUUUGGAUUCUUCAACCUUAUCUAUUGGUUGUAUUACGUGAAUUGAUACGUGUUCCCCUAGGAAACAUGGGCCAUAUUUUGAGAGCACAUUGAAUUGGCUUUGAUACAAUUGGAAAAUAUGUGUACACAUAUAUGAAGUUGAUACAUAUGUAUAUGCAUAUUUCUAUAUAUUCUAUUUCUAUAUACACAUGCGUGUGUAAAACUAAAGGACUUUUCUGCUGUAAAAAUAAAACACUAAAAAAGAGAAACGUAUUAUAUAGAAUAACUUGAAUGUUUAAGAAUAAUACAAAAGAAACCUUUCAAGUAUUUGAAUUCUUUUCCUUCUGAAACAAACAACGAGUAACAUACAUUAGUCCCCUGUUCGAGGGUAUGGAACUAAAGACUGCAUGAUAUUUUUGCCAAAAGAAAAGAUCGCAAGAGAAAAAGAACGUCUCAUUGGCUUUUUAUCGAUACUGUAAUCAACCUGUCCCAACUGCAGCUCAUGAAAUCAGAAGUGGCUUGUGCAUUUCGGGGCAUCAUCCGAGCGGCCCCCAGACCCCAUCCACUGCUUUCCCCAUCCCCAUGGAAGAGACUGACGGAAAUGUCCGUUUCUACACUGUACAGCAGCCUCUUUUGGAAUUAUGUGUCAUUCUUUGAUUUUGCAAGUAUAAAGCGUGCUCUAUAUCGGACCUCUCAGCUCUGGUCAAGGGUUUACACUGGACGACCAUCUUGAGUUUUAACCAAUGCAUCCUGCCCAGAGUCAGUAUGUUUCAUUUUCUCUCUUCACUUUUUUUGCAGAUUCUCCUUUCUUUCAGUUUUGGGCUAAGGGUUUAAUUCUAUUUUUUGGAGGGCAUCACCUAAACAUGUUCUAGAGGUAGUUCAUUAGUAGCUAUUAACCCACUGGUAUGCUUCAUUCAUUGGGAAUUUAAGAAAACUAAGAAAAAAACUAAAAAGAGUGCAUUCAUUCAUUCAGUAGCCUUAUUGACAUGGUCAGGUAGUAUUGUUGUUCUUUCUUUACUCUUGUUCCUAGUGCAUUCCAUCUGUUCUAUUGAUACAGUAUUCAUGAACAUCUUGUAGAGCUUUGUGUUGUUUGGAAUGGAGGGAAACCCUUAGUGAGCUGUAAUGUUUCUUUAGAACUUGGAUUUGAAGUUAGUCCAAUUAUGUGAAAAUUUACAAAACAAGGAGAGAAAAGAUUAGUGUGUAUUCAGCAGGGGAUGUGACCAUGUUUUUAUCUGUUUUAUGUUUAAGUCAACCACUCGAACCAUAGUGUGACCUGAUAUUGUACAUAUUCAGUCAUUGUUGUGAUCCAUCCUGAGAAUGAUAUACGCUGAUGUUUUUAGUUUCUCUAAAAUGUGCCUGUUUGAAACCUGAAGGAUGUGUCCUCAGUUCAUCAAUCAGUGAAAGAGGGCCGAAUGACCCUUGAUCUUUGACCUUUCACUUUAAGCACUGCAGACCCACCCACAGCUCUGACGUUUUGCAUCUUGGGAUUGAAUCUCAAAGAUGAAUGACAUCAGCAAAAUCAGGAGAUACAAAAAAAUGCUUCUGAGUCUUUUCGGGGCAAAAUGACAUGUACGAUAAAAGCCAUGAACUGAAGUGACAACCAAAAAGGCCUAUAAUCCAUUUCUCUUUUUACCAUGAACCUCUGACUCACCCACCAACAUUUAUUUUGGGCUUCGCCUCAUUAUGAUUUACCUCAGCUUCAUUGACAUUGAGGUUACCAGAUCACCAGGUGACCGCUCAAUUUCAUUUAUCAGUUCAUCUGCCAUCCACGUUCAUUCAUAGCUCAUUUCUGAAAGUAUCUAGAUGUCUCAUUGCUCAGAGUAGCUCAGUUGAGGAGAAGCUUCCCAACAAAUGCUUUUCACAGCAAUGUUUUAUCAGCUCUUGAAGAUGUGGAUGAGAACUGAAUUGCUGAAUAUCUGAGCAAGGGGACAUUUAAAAGUGAAGAGAAAGCUCCCGGUGGUGGUUUGAGAACACGAGAGCACUGGAUUUGCUUGAGUUCCCUGAGGAGGAUCUUCUGAGCAGGCCUCAGACCUCAGAGCUCAGCAGAGUCCCUUGGCUCUCGACCCUCCACACCAGACCUCUCAACACUUGGGAAAGUGUGGACCAGCCACCAAAUCACCAACAGAUCACUCAUUCCAUUGAGAAACAAAGGAAUCAGGGAAAUCCAAAGGUAUAGGAGGCUGUACCUACAGGUACUUGUUAUUUGUCAGCAGAUGACCGUAGAAGCAAGUUCGAAGGAUUUCCUCUUAUUAUAUUUGAUAUUGUGAGCACGACCAUAACACCUGUGCAAGGGAGCCAGUACUCUCAAGUGCAAAGCAAGACAUGCACAGUUGCAUGCACAGUGUAGCAAUUAAGUUAAGAGCAAAUCUGCACUAAAAGAGGAUAAAGGCUAGAGUGCUUUUCUUGAGAAACCCUAACUAUUAUGAGUGUUAUGGGGUGCCUUGGCCAGUUCCAACUCUCAGUAGGCAUUCAAGAUGCUGCAAUGCUUUGCCAAUGAAGGCUCAAAAGCAGAGUAGUUAGGUAUACACAUUUAAUCUAUAGCGUUAAUAUGUGCAUUUAUCAUGUAGAUCAGACCUUUUAAGCUACAAUAUAGGCCCACCUCUACUAGUGCAGUGUUGUAGACAAGUGUAGUGAUAAGUUGAAAAUGCCAACUGCACCAUUAGCCAACUUUUCUCUUAAUGUAUUCAAGGGAACAGGAGCAGGUUUUUUAUUUUUUAUUUUUUAUUUUUUUUGAGACUGAAAAACAGAGUUUGCUUUGCCUUUGACAAAUUGGAAAUGGCAUGACGUCUAGGUGGCAGCAUAUAUAUUUAAGUUUAUUAUUGUUUGAUCGCCAGCCACUAUUAACUGAUAAGACUGCACAAUUAAAAGUAUGCUGAUAUAUUUUUGUAUCUGAUAUUUCCGUUAUCAGUGUUAAUAAGUGCUCUAAUUCUUUCCUUAGAGUGACUAAUAAUAGAGAAAAACCAUGCAUACAAUAUCAUAAUCUGUAGUUCGGUAUAUUAUCCAUGAGAAUAAUUAGAAAUUCUUAGUAGUAGAUUGUACAAGAGGUUCCAUAACUAUAUACAGUACAUAUAUAAUUUAGCACCCAUUUACUACAUACUGUAGCUUCUUUACCUUCUAGUAGACUUGAUGGCACUAUGCAGUCUUUCGCGCUAAUGCUCAGUUUAACGUUCCACAGGGUAAUCUGAAACAUUAUUGGUCCAUGCAUCCUGGCCAAUCACGAUAGGCAAGGGUUGAAUUUUCCGAUAGCGUGGGGAUUGGUGAAAUGCUAAUACAGCCAUACUGUGCCACUGAGACAUGUUGGAUGUUGAAUAUGUUCAGAUGGAUAUUGUGUUGAUCAUCAGUAUGGUCUUGUAGCACCAGCACUCUGUUUAUUCACAGUGAGCUUACACCUAGAACAGAUUUUUGGUAAGAUUCUGGUUUGUGGGCAUUCGUCCCUGCAAGAUUUGCCUUAACGAGAUCACUAAGCAUUUGUCAUGAAAUAUUUCUGAGCAAUACAAUGCAAAUACAACAAAGUUCAUGAGAGAGGGAUUCUCUUUCAGCUCAAUUCAAGCCUUAAACAUGGUUAUAGAACAUAAUAAUUUGAUCAUUGAACAUCUGGGGUACAAGAUUUACAACCUAGAAAAUAUAGUGAUAAAUUAGUUCCCCCAAAUGUCUCACACCGGUACUCUGGCUAUGUUUCCACUGCUGAUUACUUGGAUUACUGAUUAUGUGCCAAGUAAUAGUACAAAUCAUUCCCACAACAUAGAGGGUUUUCACAUAGCCCAAAUACUAAUUUCUUUACAUUUAGCCUGCUUGGCCUGUUUGCUAUCACUCUAAAAAAUGCUGUGUUGUUUCAAAAGUUGGGUUAGUCCCUAUUUGACCCAAAGUUGGGUUAGAACAACCCAGGAAUUAUUAUUUUUUGAGUCUGCAACCUACUGCAGUACUAAGACAUUGAUAGAUAGGUCUACAAUGGCACAAGUUGCUGUUUUAGAAAUAACUAUCAAGUUAAUCAUACAGUCUCACAUAUGUUUCACUAUCUGAGAGAGUUGGUGCAUGCAGCAAACCAUCCUAGCAUUUUAGCUUUUUAUUUGAAAGUUUAGUUUCACCAUAGUGCUAGAAUAGAUCAAUUGUAGUUAAGACCAAUUUGCCAGUUUACAAGGGACAUUUGGCCAAAAUACUCAGAUAAAUGUAGCAGCACUGAGUUGAGAGAGUGAUGGUAGUUGACUCAUGGCACUCAAUGUUAAAUUAGCUUUGUAAUCUUAAUUUCAAAAUCACAAAGUCUACAUUGUUACUUAUUCUGCAGGAUUAGCUAUUUUGUAUUCAAAGAACUUGUGUCUUUUGUUGUGUAUUUGAUUUUUUUAUAAAAUCAAUCAAUUUUGAAGGUUGGUGGCUCUGUUAUCAGUCUAUUGCAGAAUGUGUCAGAUGUGUGGGGUUUAAAUUGUGAUAGAAAUUGCUGCUAAUUACCACUUUUAGCUAGUGAUGCACAAGACAGCAUUCAGUUUUGACUACUUUAGUAUACAUGUGUCAUUACUAGCAUUUGGCCAUCCUUUGCCACCUUAAAAACUGUGUUUGAAAAGAAAUGGGUCCUCCGUGUCUAUAUUUGUAACAACUAAUCUUGCACACUCUCUGAAGAAUAGUGGCUCGGCCAUAGAUACACUGUUGCAAGUCGCAAAAAUGGCAGACUGCAUCUAUUGAGAUGGAUAUUAUUUAGGAAAUAAUGGGAUGGGAAUAGCAUUUAGAAUAGCAUUGUGUCAAGGUAGCAUACUCUUGAGCACUGAUGAGAUUGUUGGCCUUUUUUGGAGAAUGUGACUCAUCGUAAUAUUAAAGUAUUAUUUCUUCUGUGUAAUUUGCUAUCUGGUUAGGGGAUAGGGGACACAUUUUCCUUUCGCCUUGCACUUUGCUUUAAUUUUAGAAGGAUAUAUUGUUUGUUAAUGUUUUUUGUCCUUUUUUUAAACAGCUUUGCACAACUUCCAGCGGGUUUGGGGGAGGGUUUGGCAGAACUCAAUGAGGCUAAUGUGUUCUGAUGACAACGAAGGACAUAAGUAUCUACGCACUUCAUACAAAUCACCCCAUAUGCUCACUUUCACAUUUUCAUACCAUUAACAUAACUCGACAAAUCAUCAAAUAGCUUUUACUCGAGUGCAUUGUUUUUUGUCUUUUGCAACAUCCACCCAUGAAGCAGGAGAAAAGGAAGUACAAAAACUGUUGAACUGAUUUUAAUGUGAAUUUUCUUGCCUCUUGUGUAUAUGUGUAAUUACAUGUGAAUUGUAUUGUAAAUAUGAUAUCUUUCACUUAUAUUUCUUAAUGCAUGAACAAAACAGGGCAGUUGGUAAUAACAGCUAGCCUCAAUGCUACUGGCAUGGACAGCUUUUACAGCACCGGCAUAACUUCUGCAAACGAAACCUAUCUCUGAAAAAGAAAAAAAAGAAAAAGAAAAGGAGGAAAACUCACAAAAAGAUACCGGUUUUGUUUUGCAUGUCUCUUUUCGGAAAGGUUUAUUUUCAUAAUUUCUUUUCUAUUCUAAAACUGGCCAUUCAUAUCACCCACACAUACAAAGAAAGCAAGCUUUUUGCUUCUUCCUGUGCACAGAGAUCGAACCAAACACUGUAAAUCCUAAAUUAAAAAUAGAAAACAAAAAAGAAAAGUACUAAAUCUGAAAAGGAAAGUUAUGGAGAAAAUGAUUCGUGGAAUCAUCACUUUAAAAAAUAAUAAUAAUAUGUGAAGAUAUGCACAUUUUCAUCCUCUCUUGCUUUUUUGUAUAUCACAUACAGAUGAGAGUAGAUAGACACACUUAUUAAGCCAUUAGUUCAAGGUAGACUAGACCUGCUUACAUCUCGUUGAGCAAAACAGCAAGUCAAAGUUUCAUGCCAUGAGAAUGCAUGACUGGCUGGAUUGUUUUUUUGUUUUGCGCCAGGAUAGCUUUUCUGAUAAAGCGAAUUAUAACACAUAAACACAGCACACACAAGCGAAGUAUUAACCUGAAGAGAAAAUCCUCAAAAAAUUAAUUCGGCAAAUAUCUAGGGCAACCAUUUCACACCUAAUUUAAGAAUUAAAUUGCUAUUCAGUACUCUUUCAUUUCAUUUCUAGUUGCCUGUAUUUGUUGUAUUCUUUAAAUGAAUUGUUAACUUUAUUGUUGAUGUUUUCUCAUAGAAAGGAAAUAUAUUUCUACUUUACAUCCUGCCCUGAAAGUAAAAUGCAUUCUGUUUUUGUGUUGUACUGGUUUUGUUCUCAUUAAGCUCUUGGUUUGAUUCUGUUGAACUCUUGAGGUGUGAUGAUUUUUGAUGAUCCAUUUGGGGGUAUGAUUUGUCUCCAUGAAAUCAACAUUUGUAAAG